UUAUUUAAAGAAAUGAAUCAUACUGAAUGCAGAACAUUAAUUUUGCAUCGUCUUCAGGCUCGAGAUAAACAGAGUGCCCAGUUUGACAGAAUUAUUCGAUCUUACCAAUCUUUGGCUGAUUCUAUGCGCCAUUUAAUGACAAGACAAAAAUUUUCUUCUCGCUCUGUUCGCAAAUCUCAAUCUUCUUUGCCUCAGGAAAGUUCAUUGGAGCAUGAAGAACAAAUAGCAGCAUUAGAAUCUAAAUAUGAAGAAAUUUGUCUUCAAAAAGGUGUAAACGAUCAACAAUUGAUUGAAACAACUAAUCGACUUUUAAAUGUUGAAAAAGAAUUAAAAAAUACUCAAAUAGAACGUGAUAAAGCACUGGAAACGAUUGAGAAACUAAAGAAAGAUUUGACACGAACAAAGGAGGAAAUGCAACAGUUAAAAUCAGAUAAUCGAACACUUUUUGACGAACAUAUUGCUUUGCAGGCUGCUUAUUCUGCUGUUGAAGCAAAAUAUAGUCAAGCAGACAAAGAACGUGCUGAACUCAUUAACCGAAUGAAGGAAUUGAAAGAAAGGGAAAUUACUCUUGUUAAUGAAAUGAAUGAAAGGGAACAACAGUUAAAUUUACAAAAACUUCAAUGCGACCUUGCAGAAGCAUCAAAACCAAAUCCUGUUUUAGACGCAAAGGCGUAA